AUGUCCCUUCAGUCCGAAUCGGACCUCUCCUCGUCGGAUGAAUCUCUCAAUUGCUCCAUCGAGGAGGAAUCGCUUGAUGCGAAAAUCCCUCUAUCAACUUCUGUCUUUCUAGAACGACUACCCCAUGAUAAACAACGAAUGCUUACGGAGACCAUCCUCGAUAAAGAAGGACAAUUGCCACUGCGAUUGGCCCAGUCGAUGUUUCUAUCUGAGCGAGUCAAAGAACCAUCGCGUAUUCCUCUUCUGAAUGAACUGGAAGAGGCAGUGGGUGGCCUGGCUGAAAAUGCUAAUACAGUUGAUGAUGAAGAUGCAAAAACUGAAGUUUCCAAUGACAGAAUAGAUAAUGAAAACAAUACAGCUACUGCUUCUUCAGGUGCUGUUCAUAAUGAGUAUACAUCAAUUGAUGCUGAAGGUCCUGAGAAAGAACCUCUAGCUACUCAUGGAUUAUCCAUGGAAUUGAUAUCAGAUAUCUCAACAUCAAAAGAGGUACAGAAACAUCUAGAAAAGACUGAACCAGAAACUACUUCGACAUCAAAAUACUCCAUUCAAUCCGAUACAAGCCUGAAAUCUGAUUCUUCUCCAAAUUCUGGUACUGCUCCAAAGCGUGCUUCUUCGCUAAAACCUGGUUUAGAUUCUGAUUCUACACUAAAGGCUGAUUCUUCACCUAAGCUGGCUCUGGAAGCUAAAACAACUAUACGAUUCGUGCCCAUUGGUUCGACUCCUAGAAUCAACCCUCUAGUUUUCACGAUCUCUUCUAAUCAAACCGUUUCAAUACUAAUCAAAUUUCUCGCCAAAAAACUCAAAACAAAGGACCAUGUCUACUUGUACAUCCAGAACUCGUUCCAGCCAACUCCAGACGAGAAGUUAUCUGACUUGUACAAUUUGUUUCGAACCAAUAACGAGUUGAUCGUCAGUUAUUUAGUUAGACUCGAAGUACAAGAUAACUAA